AUGACCACAGAAGACAAAGCAGGCAGAGCCUUUGAGCACGCCGACGAUGCAGUCAAAAGCCAGGGUUUGGGCCCCAAACAUGCGUCUCUCGACGCCGCUGCCAGGGGACAGGGUGUGUCCGGCUAUGAGACCCUGACGUUGUGGGAGACCAUGAAGGCCUUCAAGCUGUGCUCUGCCACCUGCUUCGCAGUCUCAUUCAGCGCCGCGACGGACGGGUAUCAGAUCGGCAUCAACGGCAACAUUAUCGCCAACCCAGGCUUCGUCAAACAGUUCGGUAGCGAACUGACCGCCGCCGGCGAGCCCAACCUCGCCGCCCCGAUUCUCAGCGGUUGGAGCUCCAUCAUGUCCGUCGGCCAGAUCAUCGGUAUGACCACCGUCCCCUUCUUGUCGGACCGCUUCGGCCGCAAGGGUGCCAUGUACUGGUAUUGGUUCGUGCUAUCCAUGAGCAUCCUCUGCGAGUGUAUAGCGAGGACCUGGCCUGUCUGGCUCAUCGCGAAGUUGCUUGCCGGCAUCGGCGUAGGGUAUCUUCAAUCCACGGUGCCGACCUACAUUGCCGAGGUCGCACCCACGCGCAUCCGCGGGGGCCUGCUGCUCGCGUACAACUUCUGGUUCGCGCUAGGGCAGUUCUUCGCGCCCGUGGCACUGCAGGUCAUGUCCAAGUACGCCCCCGAGGACUGGCUGACGCCCAUCUACACGCAAUGGAGCCAGAUUGGGCUGAUGAUCAUUAUAUACGCCCUGGUGCCCGAAUCCCCCGCCUGGUGCGUUACACGCGGCAAGCUGGACACAGCCAGGAAGAGCUUGCGCAGACUAUACAGAGACGUAGAAGGCUACGACCUUGAGCAACAGCUGCAGCUCCUUGUCAUCACCGUCGACCACGAGCUCGAGGUCGCGCGGACGCAGAAAAACGUGCAGUGGUACGCGAUAUUCAAGGGCGUCGAUGGGCGGCGCACCAUCACAGCGCUCUGGACGCUCAUGACACAGCAGUUUGUGGGGUUAACACUCUUCUCGACGUUUGCGUCGUACUUUUUUAAGCAGGCCGGCAUCAAGGACCCCUUCCAAGCGACCUGCAUUACGUCCGGCAUUAACAUCGCCUCGGGUCUAGUCUUGAUUCUGCUCGUUGACAAGGUUGGACGCAGAUGGAUAUCGUGUUCCGGGACGACGCUGUCCUGGCUCGCGUGUGUGGCGAUCGGCAUUCUCGGGGUUGUGCCGAGGCGCGGCCCAACUUUUGUGCUGCUCGUCCUAUUUGCUUGUCUUUGGAACAUCGGCAUGACCGCCAACGGAGCGACAGGCUGGGGCUUCAUCGGCGAGAUCUCUUCCCAGAGGCUCCGGCCCUAUACGGCUGGCUUCGGUGCUGCUUCGACAGCUUGCGCAGGAGUUUUUAUGAAUGUGCUGACUCCCUAUAUGGUGGACGGCAACCGCUGGAACUGGGAGCUGCGCACGGCAUUCUUCUACGUGGGAGUCGGCUUGUCAUUUGUGGUUGUAAUGUGGUUCCUGAUACCUGAGACUAAGGGUCGUUCAUCUGCGGAGUUGGACGAGUUGUUCGAGAGCGGGGUUAAGGAUUGGAGGUUCCACAAGACCCAGACGGCGACUGAGCGGCUCAUCAAUGCCAAUCAGGUUCAGGAAAGUGCAGAGAAGAGAGGUGUCUAA